GCGUCGCCGAAGUGGCCCGACGGCAAAAGUUGCCUACGGCAAGGCUGGCGACCCUCCCAGUCGCCACCUGGGCCUGGUGACCGCCCAUUGCGUCGGGAGCAGCCCUUUUAAGAGGCCUCUGCGCCCUUCCCCGGCCUUUCUUUCCGCCAGCCAUGCGCUGCUCCUGGAUGGGGCUUGCCCUGCUGCUUCCCAGCCUUGGCCUCUGCGCCGCCAUCCAGUGGUUGAGCCUGGCGGCCAAUGGGACGCAAGUGGCCUGGGAUAACCCCCAGGACUGCCGCCUUCUAGCAUCGGAUGCCCUUGCCCGGCUAUGCCGGAGGCACCUGGAGGCGAUGCCCAGCCUGGUGGAAGCAGCACGCCAGACCAAGGCUGUCUGCCAACAGACCUUUGCCAACUCCCGGUGGAACUGCUCGUCCGUCGAGGGGACGCCUCACUUGGCCCCAGACCUACAGAGGGGCACCAGGGAGUCCGCCUUUGUAUACGCCCUGGCAUCUUCCGCCGCCAGCCACUCCAUUGCCCGGGCCUGCGCUUCUGGGCAGGUCCCUUUCUGCUUCUGUGGCUCCUCUCCCUCUGAGGCACCCCACCCCAGCUUUCAGUGGGGUGGCUGUGGGGACAAUCUCCCCUUUGGACUCCAGCUGGGCUCUGCCUUUGUUGACGGCCCCAUGAAGUUCAGCAAGGCGGGGAGGCAGAUCUCCAGGGUCCUAAACCUCCAUAACAAUGCAGUGGGCCGGCAGGUCCUGUCAGACUCCUUGGAGACUAUGUGCAAGUGCCAUGGGGUGUCUGGAUCUUGCACUGUCAAGACCUGCUGGAAAGGCUUGCGGGAUUUAGCCACUAUUGGCUCAGAGCUCAAAUCCAAGUACCUGGAGGCCACGCAGGUGAUGCCUUGGCUUGUGGGCAGCAGAAGGCAGCUGGCACCCAGAGGAGGCAGACUUCGGCCCCUGAAGGCAGAUGAACUGGCCUACCUUGUACAUUCCCCCACUUAUUGUCUGAAGAACCCCAAGCUGGGCUCCUUGGGGACUCAGGAUAGGCCUUGCAACAAGACUUCAGCGGGCAGUGGCGGGUGCCGCCUCCUCUGCUGCGGCCGCGGCUACAACACUUAUGCAGAGAGGGUGGAGGAGAAGUGCCGCUGCAGGUACCAUUGGUGCUGCUAUGUGACCUGCAAGAAGUGCCAGCGGGUGGUUGAAAAACACGUCUGCAAGUGACCAGAGGCUGGGCCCCCGAGUUAAGCUAUACCUCUUUCCAACGAGAGGGUUCAUAUACAGAGAGAUAAACAGAUAUAUUUAUAUAUAUAAUUUUAUAUAUAAUUAUAUAUAUUUAAAAAAUAGUAAUUUAAUUUUAAUUUUUUUCCAAAUUUCUUUUAGAUUUAAAAUCAGUUAACUUUUUAUAAACUACAGUAUUUCAUUUACUUUUUUCAGCAAUAGCAUCUAAUGUUAUUUCUUUUCAUAAUGUUUUUUUAUUCAUUUUCAUUUUUCAACUGUUUAACAUGGUGGCAUUGAGAUAUAUCUUAAUACAGCAUAUGACAUGUGGCAAUUACAUAAAAAUAAAAGUAGAACUACAACCAACACUCAGAUAAAUGUUUCUGAUUAUAUUAUCAAAGUUGUGUCAAAGUAUAUAUACCAAAAUUAUUACAGUUGUUACAGAAAUAAUAUCUGAUUUUCAGAAUUUUGUGGCUCAUCACUCUUUUAA